UACGGACAAAUUAAUAUCUUUCAACAUGUAACUUAUUUUUUUUCAGCCGUUGUUUGUAUUAUUCUACUGAUAAAUCGGCGACGAUUACGCAAAUGUAUCCAAUAUUGUAGUGGUUUGCCAGGACCCAUAACUUAUUUAUCAGAGGAAGAUAGAAUCAGAUACAAUGAGCUUAUGCGAACUGAGAAAACUGAAAACAGGUAUUUUGUAAGAAUUAUGAUAGUUGGAAAGGAAUCGACCGGAAAAACAUGCCUAUUGAGAAGAUUAUUGAAGGAAAGCAUUUCUGAUGUAUCUAGUACAGAUGGUGUUGAUAUUGUUGUUCGUAGAUGCAAAAUCAACAUAGAGGAUGGCAAAUGGAUAAUCGGCAAAGAAAUCGAUGAUGAUAAGGCGGACCGGAUUAAGAGAGCCCUCACUACAAACGCAGAUGACAGAGAUAUUCACAGUAUGCAGAUAGACGAGACGAAAACAAUAUAUGAAAGUCCAAGUGGUGGCAUGUUUACUUUAAAAAAUGACACCACAACCAACACAGAGGUUAGCCUGGAGAUAAAUCAGCCAUCAUCUGAGGAUUUAACAACCGAUGCAGAGGUUUUUCAUGAGAAAAAUGAAGAAAAGAACGAGUGUUCAUCUUUGGUUAUGCAUGUAGAUUCAGCCAACGAUGCAAAUGUUAAUCUGAGUAACCAUAAAGAGUCUUUAUCAUUGGUAAUGCCUGAUGAUUUGAUGUCUCAUGUGUUUUCUAAGUCAACUUUAAGUACAACUUCAGACCGUUAUGCAUUAUGUGAAUUGUGGGACUUUGCAGGCCAAAAGGAAUUUUAUGCUACACAUCAAGCAUUUUUGACAAGUAGUGCAAUAUACCUUGUAGUUACAGAUAUGGAGGACGACAUAAGUAAGCAAGGCUUAAGUCAUUGUUUUGCCGAUUAUCAGCAUAUUGGAGAAUAUGUUGACUUUUGGUUUGAUUCUAUCCAUUGUCAUCGAACGGCCGACGAACGAUCUAGAUAUGGGCACUUUGAUCCUCCGAUUUUAUUAGUUUUCACUGGAAAGGAUAAAUAUGACAAGCAGGCAGAUUUCAAGAAAAGAGAAAAAGAACUUGAUAAGCAAAUAGACGGGGUUUUUGGAUUACAAAGCAAAUAUCAUCACUUGCAUCACAAGUUUUAUUUGUCAAAUAUUAAAGAUACUGACGAAGAAUUUGAAAAGUUGCGGAUCGCAAUUUCAAAGUGUGCACGAAAAAUGGAUAAUUGGGGCAAUGCUUUUCCGUUAAAAUGGAUUCUUUUAGAACAUUUGAUAGACAUAAAUAAGAUUAAUGGAACAAAUUUCAUUAAUUUUACUGACUUCUCAAAUCUGGCUAAACAUCCUGAUAUCAAUAUGCUAGAAAGGGAGGAUUUAAUGUUGUUUCUUCGAUUUCAGCAUAAUGUAGGUAACAUUAUCUUUUUUGAAAAUAUACAGGACUUGAUCAUAUUAAGACCUCAGUGGUUAGCAGAUGCAUUCCGAUGUUUAGUUUCAGAUAAAAUCGAUAACAGCAGAUUACACCACCUUGACGACUGGACACUAUUAACACGACAAGGCAAAAUAAGUGAAUCGUUAAUAACAGAACUUUUCAAUUCAAAAGAUGAAAGUCAGUUUUCAGGACAGAAAAAUAAUUUGCAUAAAGUAAUGGAAAAGCUUGAUAUAUUGGUCAAAAUUGAAAACUCAAAUUAUAUAAUGCCAAGCAUGAUGCCGUCUGCAAAGUUUGAAGAUGUAUGUGAACAAUUUGGCAUUCUUACAGACAAAUGCAUAAGGACUUCAUGGCUUUGUUUUAAAUUUGAAUUUCUUCCACCUUCUUUCUUUAACCAUCUGUCUGCUUGUUUCAUCAGAAACUACGACCCUAGCAAAUUAGAAAGUGGCAUUGCUUUAUACCGUGGAAUCUGUAUGUUUGACAUUGAUGGAUCUGGUUGUAAAAAGAUUUUGGUUACCAUGUCGAGUGAUACAAUUGCACUUCAGGUUGUGACGUUUUCCAAAAAACAUGAGACAUUUGGUAGCACUUGUAGCGAUGUCUACAGAGAAGUUAGACAACUUAUUGAAGAUAUCAAAAAGAGAUAUAGGAUCAAAAUAUCUUUUAAACUCCAUUUCAAAUGCAGGGAUGGAUAUUAUUUUCAAGACACAUUUGAAUAUAAGAAAUUGACAACUGAGGAGUGUUUCUGUAUCCAGCAUAAGCAAACGCAUCAAUCUUUUGAGAUAUAUUCGCCUUGGAUGAAUAAUGAGGUUAAAAAGAGUAAUAACAGAGCGAACAUAAGCACCAAGCAGGAUGAGCAUAAUCCAAAAAAUGUCACAACCACCGGAAAUCUGGUUCAAAGACCUAUUUCUGUCGAUUUGCGUAAACAAGCAAGAAUCUCUCACCCAAGCUCAAAUACUCAUCAAAGCAAUCUUCUUGUCUCAGCCACUUUGCGCAAACACGUAGACAUCACACCCAUAGAGAAAACAUUUCAGAACAUUAAGGACUGUAUAAAAAUAGGCAAUAUGUUGCUGUUUACUGAAGAUUAUAAAAACCAACUCAUUGUUUAUAAUGAAGAUGGUGCUUUUGAACGUACUUUUCGUCUGGAUUAUAAACCGCGGUAUUUAACGGAAAUCAACAGAAAUACUGUAGCAGUAUCAUGUCCAAGGGACAGAACUGUAUUGCUAAUAAAAAUUAAGACGGGCUCUGUCAGCGACAGAAUUAUAACAAAAGAUAAAUGUUAUGGAAUAUCAUACAACAUGUACAAUGAAUUUCUCUAUGUUGUUGUUGGAUUUGAAUCACUUUAUGUGAUGGACUUAGCUGGAAAAGUAAUGCGUAUCUUAGAUUUAUUCCAUACCUGCCAUAUUACAGUGCACAGAGACAUGCUGGUUUGUAUAGACAAUUCAUUAAUAAGCUGCUUAUCUUUACACGGAAAGUUUAUCUGGAAGUUUCAAGAGGACAAAUACAGACGUUUACGUCGUGUGACAACAGAUGAUGAAGGAAAUGUAUAUGUCACAAAUGAAGAUACUAACGUUGUAUUAGUUGUAUCUAAAGAUGGAAAACAGCAAAAAGAAAUUCUCACUGAGUCCAAUGGAAUGAACAUGCCAGCAGGAAUUCAUUUUGAUAAAAAAGAAAAUAUUCUCAUGAUUUGUAGUGACCGAGAUGCUUGGCUUUUCAACGUCAUCACGAACAAGAAAUAAAAUUUUAAAGCUUAUUCUUUUUAUUUGUCGGCUUUAUUGCGUUUAAGUACAUAACAAUGAAUUCAUCAUAAUUGAUUGAAAACCUUACCGAAGAAAAUAUGUAUCCCAUAAUUGCUCAUUUAGUUAUUUUAUAAGCAAUCACU